CGAUUCGUGGUCGAUCAUAUUCCAAUUAUCAAGUACCGGAGGAACCAGUUAGCAAGAGUUUGCGGAAUUCUAAAAGUCAAGACACUUACGUGUUAUUUGGAACAUCCGUUUCUCGUAAAAUCAUGAAAAUCAUCUGCUAAGAUUUACGCAGUUCGGAGUUUGUUUUCAGGCAUUGUGCCAAUAUUUACAAGUGUGUACAGUGAUAAUUCAGUACUUUUGGACAGUCUCCUAGAAUAUUUCGGUGCCUGUUGAGAUGAGCACUGCCAAAGAGCAGCCAGGGCCUUCAAGACCUUCGGGAUCCGCCAAAGAAGAAAAAGAGAGGGAUGAGCGUAUGUUUGAGUGUAAUAUAUGCCUGGAUACAGCCAAAGAUGCGGUAGUCAGCAUGUGUGGACAUUUGUUUUGCUGGCCAUGCCUUUACCAAUGGCUAGAAACUCGGCCCUCAAGACAACUUUGUCCUGUCUGCAAAGCUGCCAUCAGUAAAGAAAAAGUAAUACCACUAUAUGGGCGUGGAAUUACCAAACAAGAAGAUCCAAGAAACAAUGUACCUCCACGCCCAGCUGGUCAAAGGUCGGAACCCGAAGCUAAUGCAGGAUUUUCCGGAUUUGGAUUUGGAGAAGGCGGAUUUCACAUGUCCUUUGGUAUUGGUGCUUUUCCUUUUGGUUUCUUCACAUCAACCUUCAAUGUUGGAGAAAGAAGACCAGGAGCAGCUCCUCGCGGCACUCCUCAAUUCGAAGAAGAGCAAUUCUUAUCCAAAGUGUUCCUAUGGGUGGCAUUACUUUUCAUCUGUUGGCUACUAAUGGCAUAACAUUACUCGUGAAUCCAGGCCCCACAGUUGUAACGAAACUCAAAUACCUGAUCACCUUUUUCUCUUUUAUUGAUAAAUGAGCCUCAGUACGCCCUUUUUUAACAAAUAAUUUUCAUCAAUCUUAUUGUGAUGAUACCUGCGUGGAUAUGUUGGUGAAUUUUCUUUCAUAUCCAUUGAAUCAAUACCAAAAGUAAAAAAUCACCUUUGGUAUUUAAAAAAUUUUUUCGCACCAAAAUUUUCUAACCUUAUGCAAAUGAAAUAACCAAUAUUGAUAGUGGAGUUCUGAGUAGCUCAGUAGCAUAUUGAAAACGAGGAAUCAAUGUAGGGACCCAAAAUACAUUGUGACACACACAUAUCCGUGCAGGUGAUACUUUUACUUGGUUUUGGAAACUUUACUAAUCACAUGUGUACAUAUAUGUAUGAUGCGUAGGUUUUAAGAAAUGUCUACUUUAUUAGAACGUUUAAAUAUUUUGAGAUAUAUAAGUCAAAGAGAAAUUGGAAUCCCGUUUCCUUUACUGUUGUAAAAUUGUUGCGGUUUUCCCGAAUCAUAGAUUUCAAAUUUGUAUAUAAUUUAAUUCUUAAGCUAGGUUUAAAAAAUUCCAAUACAAGAGUAGUGCGUGUCUGCAAAAGUAAAUGUAGAUGCAUGUUGAUAAUAUCAAAAUGUACUAUAUCUAACACAUACGUAGGUGAAUAAUAUCCGUAUUGUCUCAUCUGGAUAACUAAGUUGUCCAUAAAUAAUCGAUGUAGUUAUAAGCAACCUCUCAACAUUAUUUCAACGAUCACCGCUUUACGUUUGUAUGAAAUUCUUGGUAGUAACUGAAGACAGAUCGGAAGGGCGGAUACGUGUAUAAACGUAGAAAAAUCACACAGUAGUGAACGAAACUGCCAUGUGAUAUUUGCAAUCACAACUCUUUCUGUGAAUUUUUGUAUCCACACAAUUUAAUAACGUAUUAGAUCAAUGACGACAUUCAUGUCUGAAAAACACAUCUACUGUUGUCAAAUGAUCAAAACGUUCGAUGCUAAAUCUGAAUAAAUGAAAUAAUAUUUUAUUUACCUGGGUAAGUUCUGAUUAUAAUUAUUAUUAAUCGACACAUUCCAUGUUCAUAAAACUCAGCAAACUGAGACAAUUUUUAAUACCAAUUACAAAAAAUUGACUGGAUGUAUAAAUGUGAAGAUUCAACUGUUACCACAUGUAUUUUUACUGGAUAUUUCAAACAUCACAGUGAAAUUACUUGUAGACAUACUAACAUAUUCUCAGAUUUCAAAUUUUUAUGACAUUGUAACGGUGAAAAUUCAAACAAUAAACGACCUUAAAUAAA